AUGGCAUCUGAUCCUCCUUAUCUCGAUACAGAGGCUAUUUUCAAUGCAUCUGACUUAAUAAAUUCCACACUUAUAUCGAAAGGGUAUAUUACAGAGAAGCUUAAUUUCAAUUCCAUAAACUGGAAAGAUCUAGUACAAGACCAAAUUGAGAAUAAUAGAGAUGAAGAACCAACAAAAUUAGAUGAAUUGAAGGUAACAGAAGCAAUAUAUAAUAAUGACAAAAACAUAAUUAAUAUUAUCUAUUCUUUGCUUCAGUCGAUUGAAAGAAAUAAAGCCCAAAAUAAGUCAUUUAAUAAAGUUAUAAGUAAGAAAGACUCCACAAUAAGAGAUUUACAGAAAAAGGUAGAAUCUUUAGAGCAUCAGGUUGAACAUUCUGAGUCAAGAUUAAAUAGAUUCGUUCAAAUUGACCAGUUACAAUUGUCUAAACGGGUACAUGAUUUAACGCAUAUAAAUAAAUUACAGUCCCAAGACUUGAAUAAGUUAAAAAAUUGGUGUACAGAUAUCAAAACAAAGUAUCACAUAGAACUAAAGAAGAAGAACAUCGAAAUAGACCAGUUGAAAAAUCAAUUAUUAGAAAAGAAGAAUUUAUCUACUACAACGGCAUUUGGAAUUCCAUUAUCCAUUGAUUCGUCUCGAAACAAUAAUACAACAAGCUUUGACCAAGACAUUAAUUCAAACGUAAUCUACAAUCAUAAUCCAAUAAUAGAUAACACCAAUCCAAAUACGCAUUCAAAUACUUCUUUGCUGCCUAUCUUAAAUGAACAAUAUGAACAAAUUGUUAUAGAUUUAACCCAAUUAAUUGAAAAUUUGAUUUCAGAGAAUCAUAAAUUUUCGAGAUUUAUUAAAUUGGUAAAUAAUUACUAUCAAAGCUUGAACAUACAAUUAUCAAACAUAAAUCACAAACAUUUAGAUGUCCACAACUUACCCAAUCCGUCUGAUUUAAUUGAUCUUAAUGAGUUUACUGGUGAUUCAGCAAACAUAAGCUCCAAGGAUUCAUUAGACGAAAUUGAAUCUUUCGAAUAUAUUACCAAACCACUAUUAAACAACGUGUAUAAAAAUUAUCAUUAUGUGUCAAAUCUUGUUGAAUUAGUUGAUUCAAACAAUUCCCAAAUUAAUGUUAACGAAAAUGGAUUUUCAUCCAAGAAAAUUGAUGAACUAAAGACAGAGUUAGAAAUAGUUACAAGAAAUUGGCAGGAUGCUAUCAAGACUUUGGAAAAUUGGAAAAACUACCAACACGCUAAUGAUAAUUAA